UUUAUUAGUUGGUAAUUGGUAUGAGCGAUGAGUGUGAGAUGUGCAUUUGCCGGGUUUUUUCAUUUAAAAAGUUUAAUUUGAUUUAGUAAAUUAAUUCUAAUUUUUUUGUAAAUGACUUAGUCUGUAUAAUUUUUUAUUCGUAAAAUUGUAAUCAUCAUGAAUUGCCAAACGCCCAAUCGACGAGUAUUGCAACCAACAUGUUCUCCGGUUUUGGAAAGAAGUCUAAUACUAAAUCAAAAUCGACGAGUAAUCAAAAAAAGUUUUACGUGGACUACUCUAAAUUUCAUAUUCAUAGCAAUUAUUUUAUAUGACUUGUCUUAUGCUUGUCCUUAUUACUUCAACUAUUUGCUAUAUCUAGAAUAUUCUCUAUUGGUAAUUUUGACAUUGAACUUUUUCUAUCAUAUUGUAAAAAUAGCUAGAUUAUCACUAAGUUUUUCUGAACCAAUAUUAAUCACACCAGAGCAGAAAGUUUUGCUGAAUGUCAAGGAUUCAGAUCCAGACUACAAAAUCUGUCAGUCUCCAACAAAAAGUAUAAACAGUACUCCAGUAAAUAGUUUUGCCAAUACUCCAGGAACUAUCAGCUCUGUUAGCCAGUUAUCAAAUGUAUCACAACUAGACAGUAUUAAUUUUUCAAUAUCUUCACCUUCUUGGACUUACUUAAAAUGUACUCCUGAGACAAACACAACAAGGUUCUCAAACAGGUCACCACCAAAUUCUGCCUCAAAGACUUCCUCUAUGAAGACAUCUUUUUGUGAAGCAUCAUCAGUUGAAUUUAUUACAGAUGAGAAUUCUCUCAACAAAUACCUAAAAGAGUAUGAAGAAAUGGAAAAAGUUCAAAAAUUAGCUAAUAAAUCUCAACAAUCUUCAAACUUAUUGAGUUCCUUUUGGAGUCAUCCCGUUACUAAGACUGCAAAGGAUGUAUCAUCAUUUCUGAAGAAGUGUCAAUAUCAGCUCUCGAGCCAGUUAGCUACUAAAUCUCCUGGUAGCCCUAACAUUAAAGGUGACGGUAAAAUAACAAGCUCGCAAAUAUCGGCACUAGAAGUGUGGACUCGUAUAAAUGUUGAUAGUGUGGCAUUGACUCAAUGGAAUGAGAACUUAAGAGUGUGGAUUUCCCAAACUAUUAUUGAAAGACUUGUCAAGGAAUUUGACUCAAUAAAUGACUCUCUAGACACCCAUGGCUUAUCGGAUAUUAAGAUAGGUGGCGUAGGUUUAGAGAGACUUAGGAAAACAGCCCAAACAUCAGCAGUCGCCCAAUUCAUACCUUCGCUGCCUACACUGCUGCCUUUCUUGGAAAUAACGGCAAAUCAGGAGUAUUUGGUGAAACGCAUCAGGGAACUGGCAAGAGGUGGCUGCAUCAGUGAGUUCAAGUGGAAUGGAGGAGGUACCUACAAUGGAAAAGAUUGGGAUGUCUCACUGCCUACAGAUUGUGCAAUUGUUAUGCAUCUAUUAGCUUCCUAUUUGGAUACACAGCUGAUGCCUUUACCGAGCAUGCCAGAUACUAAAGCUUUUAGCGGCCAUCAUUACAUAAGGGCUUCAGAAAAACUGCCUGACCUAACGAAGAAUAGUCUUUUUAUUCAUCAGGUUUCCGAACAACCACCCCAUUACAGGGUCAUAGUAGCAGGAAAAGUUUAUGAAAUGGUUAAGGGUUACAACAACCUCUUCCACAGUAUUCUAUUUUUCAUCUACCAUGUGAACAAAAUUGAGCUUGGCAUGCUUGGAAGAGUGAACUUAGGAAGAGCUGGAGUAAACAUUUUAUGGGUUAUAGACCAGUGAGAAAAACAAUCAUAAAUUUCAUAUGAAACAUUUUAUUUGUCACAAUAAAUAUAUUUUUUUAUAAAAAAACAAA